AUGGAUGUUCUCAUUCAGUAUUUGUCACUUACUUUAAUCACCUUGAUUGCAUCUACCUUUGUUUUCCAGAAAAGAAGACUAGGUGGAUCUAAAAGCUUGCCCCCAGGUACUUUUGGGUGGCCUCUAGUGGGUGAAACCCACCAUUUUUUGUUCAACAAGAUUGAACAUUUCAUUCAAGAGAGGGUAAAAAAGUACUCUUCAGAGACAUUCAAGACAAACAUACUAGGAGAGCCAGCAGUGGUUCUAUGUGGUCCUGCAGCAAACAAAUUUGUCUCUAUGAAUGAACCAGAACUCAUCAAAGUUUGUUACUUGAAAACUCAGCGCAGGCUCUUCAAUAUUCCUGAUCAGCCACAUGCAGCUAAGCCAAAACAAGAAGCUAUAGCUGCUGCUCCAGUGAAGAUCUUGGGGUUUCUGAAACCUGAAGGACUAGUUAGGUACAUGGGGAACAACAUUCAAUCCCUCACACACCAACAUUUGAUGACACACUGGGAAGGAAAAACACAAGUGAAAGUGUACCCUUUGGUGAAGGUCUUUUCCCUUACAGUUGUGUAUCAAUUCUUCUUAGGCAUUGAUGAUCAACACCAUGUAGCCAAAUUUGCCAACAAGUUUGACAACUUGUACUCUGGAGUUUAUUCAGUUCCUGUGAAUUUCCCUGGCUCUACAUAUGGUAGAGCACUCAAGGAUGCAGCUGCAAUUCGGAAAGAGAUCCAAUUUUUUAUCAUGGAGAAGAUUGAUGCUUUGUCCAAGGGCCAAGUUAUGGACGACCUACUAGCACACAUAGUUGGUGCUGUGCAGGAUGAAAAAUAUGUGCCAAAACUUGAAAUAAGCAACAUCAUCAUGGGAUUAAUGAAUUCCAGUUAUAUAUCAAUAGCUGUCAUUCUAUCUUUCAUGAUCAAACACAUUGGACAGAGGCCUGAUAUCUACCAAAAAAUCAUAUCCGAGCAUGCUGAAAUUACAAAGACCAAAGGUUGUGGUAGAGCACUAGAUUGGAACAGCAUACAGAAAUUGAAAUACACAUGGGCUGUUGCACAGGAGACCAUGAGACUCUACCCAACUGCACCAGGUGCAUUCAGAGAGGCCAUAACAGAUAUCACAUAUGAAGGUUUUACUAUUCCAAAGGGAUGGAAGAUAUUUUGGGCACUUAUUGGAACAAACAAGGAUCCCAGAUACUUUGAUGAACCAGAAUGUUUUGAUCCCUCAAGGUUUGAAGGGAAGGUUCCUGCACCAUACACUUUUGUACCCUUUGGAGCUGGACCAAGAUCUUGCCCUGGAAAGGACUACACAAGGCUUGUGGUUCUCACAUUUAUUCAUAACCUUAUAACCAAGUUCAAGUGGGAAGUUCUGCUUCCUCAUGAGAAAAUAUUCGGUACUUUGAUCCCUACCCCUGCAGAGGGAAUUCCCAUUCGACUUCAUCGCUUAUAA